GGGGGCGGGGCCGGCGGCGGCGGGCUGGGGGCGGCGGGCGCGGGCCGAGCGCGGGCAGCGGGGCCGGACCCGGGGCCGGAGCCGCCGCCGGGCCCAUGGAGCUGGAGAACAUCGUCGCCAACACCGUCCUGCUCAAGGCCCGCGAAGGUGGUGGAGGAAACCGGAAAGGCAAGAGCAAGAAAUGGCGCCAGAUGCUGCAGUUCCCCCACAUCAGCCUCUGCGAGGAUCUCCGGCAAACCCUCGAGCGGGACUACCACAGCCUGUGCGAGAAGCAGCCCAUUGGGAAAAUGCUCUUCCGGCAGUUCUGCGAGACGCGUCCGGAGCUGUCCCGCUGCGUCAAGUUCCUGGAUGCUGUGGCGGGGUACGAAGUGGCUCCAGAUGAGAAGCGGAAGGAGUGCGGGCAGGACCUGAUUGAAAAGUACUUGAAGCCAAACAGUGAGGACCAUGUGCCUGAAGUUCCCUCGCAGCUGGUGGAUGCCUGUUGUGAGAGGCUGGAGCAGGAACCUUCCAAGGAGCUCUUCAAGGAAUGCACUAAGCUUAUCCACGACUACCUGAGCGUGGCUCCCUUUGCCGACUACCUCGACAGCUUGUACUUCAACCGCUUCCUACAGUGGAAAUGGCUGGAACGGCAGCCAGUGACCAAAAACACUUUCCGCCAGUACCGUGUGCUGGGUAAGGGCGGUUUUGGCGAGGUUUGUGCCUGCCAAGUGCGUGCCACAGGAAAGAUGUAUGCCUGCAAGAAACUGGAGAAGAAACGGAUCAAAAAGAGGAAAGGAGAAGCCAUGGCCCUGAAUGAAAAACAGAUCCUGGAAAAAGUGAACAGUAGGUUUGUAGUGAGCUUAGCCUAUGCAUAUGAAACUAAAGAUGCUCUCUGCCUAGUGCUGACCCUCAUGAAUGGAGGGGACCUCAAGUUCCAUAUCUACCACAUGGGAGAGGCUGGCUUCGAGGAGCCCCGGGCAGCUUUCUAUGCUGCUGAGAUCUGCUGUGGCCUCGAGGACUUGCACCAGGAGAGGAUAGUGUACAGGGACCUGAAGCCAGAGAACAUAUUACUGGAUGACCACGGUCACAUCCGUAUCUCAGACCUGGGACUAGCUGUGCAUGUGCCAGAGGGCCAAACAAUCAAGGGCCGGGUGGGGACAGUUGGUUACAUGGCUCCAGAGGUGGUGAAGAACGAGCGCUACACGUUCAGCCCGGACUGGUGGGCUCUGGGCUGCCUGGUGUACGAGAUGAUCGAGGGACAGUCCCCCUUCCAGCAGCGCAAGAAGAAGAUCAAGCGGGAGGAGGUGGAGCGGUUGGUGAAGGAAGUGCAGGAGGAGUACUCGGAGAAGUUCUCGCCCUGCGCCCGCUCCCUCUGCACCAUGCUCCUGUGCAAAGACCCUCUGGAACGCCUGGGGUGCCGAGGAGCUGGGGCCAAGGAAGUGAAGGAACACCCUCUCUUCAAGCACCUCAACUUCAGGAGGCUGGAAGCAGGCAUGCUGGACCCUCCCUUCAAGCCCGAUCCCCAAGCCAUCUACUGCAAGGAUGUUCUGGACAUCGAGCAAUUCUCCACAGUGAAAGGAGUGGAGCUGGAGCCCACAGACAAUGACUUCUACCAGAAGUUUGCCACAGGAAGUGUGCCCAUUCCUUGGCAGAACGAGAUGAUCGAGACAGAGUGUUUUAAGGAGCUGAACGUCUUUAGCACAGACGGCACGGUGCCCCCAGACCUGGACUGGAAAGGGCAGCCUUCUCCACAGCCCAAAAAAGGGUUACUCCAGCGCUUGUUCAGCAGACAGGACUGUUGUGGAAACUGUGGUGACAACGAGGAAGAGCCCACUCGGCUGUAGAGCACAGCUUGUUCUCCAGCCCCUGGGACCCCCUUGCCUCUCCGAGCGCCCAGCCUGAAGGACACGACUGCAGUGGCCCCACAAGGUGGAUUUGUUUACAGCUUUACACGUCUGUAUUUGAAGACUGUGAGGAUGACUCCAAAACUGGCAGCAGCACAUGGCUCAGGCUGAGAUGCCUCUGUCCAUGGGCAAGCCCUGAGACAAACCCGGACACUUCCAAAUGUGCUGCUUGGGAUGGUGCUGCUGCCGCUACCCUCCUGGGCCCAGGGUGGGAGGGAAGGAUCAUGCCAGUGUGGGCUAAGGCCAGGCUGGAGCAGCUCUGCUGACACAUUCCACGGUGCCAAAGUGGCACCGCAGGUUUGAUGUAUAUUUAUAUAUGUCGGUCUGUACAUAUCACAUGUCAGUUUUUAAUCUAUAGGUGGGGGCCUGCACUGCCCCCACCCUGUCACAGGCACAAAUGUCCUCCUAUGGGGGGAGUGACAGUCCCAGCUUUGUUCCAGGGAGUCCUGGGCAGAGGCCUUCUGUGCCUUGAGGUGUCUAAAGCAUCUUUCCUGGACCUUUCUGGCCGUGCUGAGGCAUCCCUGGCUCCAGCGGAGUCCAUUGCUCAGCCCUGAGGCACAGGAAAGCACUGUGCCAAAGCAUCUCCUGUUGUGUCCUGGCAGCAGUGUCACUGCCUCAUCCUCGCUUCCCUGUCUUGCUGGAUCUUGCUGCCUACUGCCUCCUUUCACACAUGCUGCCGGCAAGCUGAUCCCAAGCCCCUUUCCAGCCCGUCUCCUGGCACAGCAGGAUGCAGCCACUCCUGCGGUACCUGCUGCUGCUGGGUCCAAAGGGUUGGUCUGAUCCCUGGCAUGCUGCAGGAUGGUCCCAGCAUGGUUCCACCAGCUCUGGACCUGCGCAUGCCAGGGGUGCUGCCGUCUCGAGGCCCUGCUCGGUGUCGGAGGAGCAGACACAUAAGGGACCCUGCUCUCGGGAAGCAAAGCUGUGGUAAAGGGAAUGUCCCUUCCUUGGUUCAUGUGGAGCUGCGACCCAAGAGUAAGUGGGCUGGGACCAGCUUACUGUGUGUCCCCAGGGGUCCUGGAGAGCCAGCACAGCUCCUGCACCCAUGGGCAGGGUAGAGUGGAGGGGUUGGAGCCUUCCCUGGGGAGCAGCACGGGGCUCAGCCCACCUCCACUCUGCUUGUCCUGUCCGUUCUUGUACACACUUGUCCUAGCUGUGUCCUGAGCAAUAACUCGUCCCUUCUCUGUGUGUGUGUGUGUGUGUGUGUGCACACGCGUGUGUGCGUGUGCUGCUGCCUCUGCUCUUUCUGAGCCAGGCCCCCCAGGGGGGCUGAGCACCUACUUGGACCUGUGGUAUCAUUUGCUUGCCUUGCACUAAAGUUGGAGAGUAUUUAAAUUUUUAA